AAAAAAAACACGAAAUUAGUGGCACUUAUUGUUGAUUUCGCGCUUCGUACAGGUGAACAAGGUACCAAGCUGACCGGAACCAAACAGUACCACAGGAAGUCCGUCAUAUAGAGGUGACAUCGGGCCAAAUAUCGAAUGUUCAGCCGUCUGUGAUACCUGCUAGUUUUUAUGCAUUUAUUUUAAACAAAAUAAAGGUAGUUCUUUGUGGAAAUUUUAAGUGAAAAGAGAGAUUUUCGGUUUAUCGUUAAAAAAUAACUGGAAUUAAGUGAUAAAAUUGGUGUUUGAACGAAAAAAAAACAACGAAGUUUAGAUGGGUGAUAACGGUGAGAUCGUGAUAACGGGUAAUGAUUUACCGAUGACAUUUACUGUCAAAUAUUUGGGCAGUCAUCCAGCCAACGGAUUAUGGGGUAUCAAACACACAAGGAGACCGGUAGAUAUGCUGGUGGGUAAGGCCAAAUCUGCAUUACCCGGUAGCAUUCUACCUAUAGUAGAAGUGGAGGUAUCCAAAGAUGGAUUCGCCUUCACAGAGUUACAAGGAAAAAAAUACAAAGGGGAGACAAAUAAAUUCACUGUAGAGGUUAUAUCUUACGGGGUACAAGACUUAGUGUAUACCAGAGUGUUCAGUAUGAUUAUUGUAGCUGAUGAGAGCUUAAAAAGCGCUACCCCUUUCAUGUGUCACAGCUUCGUUUGUGAUUCACGUGACCAAGCCAGACAGAUCACCUAUGCACUGGCUGCAACAUUUCAGGAUUACGGCAAAAAGGUGAGGGAGCAAAAUGAAGCUGGCAACCAUGUAAAAAGGCUAGCCAUCGAUCUGAGGACACCUGAGGAACUGGCUGAAGACAUCGAGGAAGAGACAGACGCAUGAAUAUAAAUCUUUUUUUUUAUUUUGACUUUUGUAUAAAUUAUAUUUUCUCUUAAGUUUGUGUGAAGUAUAAAAUAAUACCGUAUGAUCGAUCUAGAGAUUGACCUGGCUAAAAUUAUCCAUUGUCUGUCCUUUUUUUCGAUCGUACGGUAUAAUAUUGAUAGUCUAGCCAUAUUUUUCUAUGCAUUAAAUGACAUACAGUAAAUGAAAUUGUGACGUGAAAGAAUUUAAAAAAUAUGGCAUUUAUUUAUUUAAUUCUACAUUUAUAAUUAUGUAUUGUACAAUGACAAAAAUUAUUUU